AUGUCCACGACACAAUAUGCAGUGGCCGGCGCGGCCGUCGCCCUCUCUACCCUCCUCGUUGUUGCCUAUCGCGACUACCGGGCCUACUGCGCCCUCGGCGACCACGGCCUGCCCGGCAACUUCAGCGGGUGGUGCACGCAGCUCAAGCUCACCCGCAAGAGCCGCAAGGACACUCUCGUACCAGCACCUUACGACCUCGCCAUCGAGGCUGCCCGCACCGGCCCCCACGCCGCCGAGUCCUUCCUCCCUGCCGCGCCGCUCCCCGCCCGCGCCGGCCACCGGCCCUCCAUCCCCGGCUUCACCGCGCCGCAGCGCCAGGUCAGCGACGCCGCGUCGGCCGCCAUGAAGGCACGCAUGGCCGGCCACCUCGAGGCGCUCGCCCACACCAACCCGACGCUGCUGCAGCUCGAGCUGUCCAAGCUCGAGGGCCCCGUGCCGGCGCUCCAGCUGCACAAGGACCGCGAGGCCGUCCGGCCCAGGCACCUGCAGCGGACCCGCGGCGAGGUCGCGCACGUGCACCCCCCGGACGGCAGCACGCACCUCGUGCUCUCGCUGGCCGACUCGCGCCGCCUCAUCGAGGCCGGUUGGGGCCAGCGCCACCGCCUCAGCGGCACCCUGCUGGGCUGGGGAUACACGCUGUUUUAUGCACCCCGGAACGACGCCGAGUUUCAUGUCUGGAAGGAUACCGUGGCGGCUGCUGCCAAGUACGCCUGCGCCGAUCUUGGCAAAGUUGAUCUUGUAUGA